UAUUAACACAAACGCACAGUUUCCGCCUCCGUUGCAUUUUGUUUGUGCAAUGCUAUAACUUCAGUACAUGUACUAAUCUCACGAUUCCGGGAAAUUCGGUCAUUACAACAUGUAGAUAGAAAGUAAGAGGUGUCAUUUUACUUCUGUUAAAUCUUCGAAAUCAGGAAACACCAUGAAUUACGCAGCAGCAGCAGCCUCCCGAGGCAGUGGCAGUAAAGUCAAGGAUGUCACAUCAACAGGAGCUACAGGACUAUAUCCCAGAUUACCAAAUACAGAAAAUGAUUUUCCAGCUCUACCCACCAGAAGUAAUGGACCUACCAAAUCUACACCUGUACCAACAGAAAGGCCAGCUAAUUAUGUCUUGUCUUCUUCUAGUCUAACAUCAGAUUCUGAGUGUCAGAGAGAAGUACCACAAGCCAAACAGAGAGGACAUAUUGGGGAAGGAAGAGAUCAUAAUGAACAUGACAAAAACACAGUGCAAAAUAGCACCACAGACGGUACUCAACAAGGAAGUGCAGAUUUUAAAGAUAUGAGUAAAAUGCUAUUACAGAGUACUGUAUCUGAGGAAAGCAAAAAUAAUUUGCCUAUCAACCCUGAUUCACAUGACGGGAUUCAACCGCAGGAAGUAUCAAAAAGAAGUGAUUUUGAUUCUGGACCAAGUCAACACCAUUCAUCUCAUGAUAUUGAACAACAAAAUUUCCUGCAACAGCAAGAUACCAAUGUUAUGUCAAGUAGUUCUGGGCAUAUGGCCAGAUCCAGUCCACAAGACAAAAAUCUUUUUCUGGAUAAUGACAACAAUGAACAGCCAAAUUCCCUUGGUAAAUCUAGAUCCAAGGUUGAUUGGAAUGGAAGAAACCAGACCCAGACAGAAGAUGAUCCAAAAAGAGAUCACAAACAGGGCAAAGUAAAUACACAAAGCAACAGUGGCAACAGGCUACAAGGUUCCACAGAUGAUGCUCGACUAAAGAACGCCAGGGAUCAAGGCUUCAAAGAUCAGGAAAUGAGCAAACAAAACAGCUUUCAACAAAGUCAGAACAAACAGAAAGGCAACAAGACAAAUGAGCACGGAAGGGAACAUGCAGGAUAUUCAUAUCAGCCUGUAACGGAAUCAGGAGCCAGACCUAAAGUCGGGCACCAUCAGGGGAAACAUAACAGGAGAUAUCAACAGCCUGAUUCAGCAGGCCAGGUGGAAUCGGUAGAGGAGGCAUUUAAAAUUGAUCCUGUCCUUCAAGAGAGGUACAAAGAUGACAAGAAAUCAAUGUUUGAGUUUUUCUGGCAGAGUGAUUCUGUGUACAGUCAAUGGCACAUAAAAGAAUUUGAUGUGGAAUCCACAACAUACAUAUGUGCAGAACAGUUUAUGAUGCACAGGAAAGCAACAUUAUUUGAAGACUAUAGGACAGCUCGAAAGAUUAUGGAGACAAGGUCUCCCAGGAAGCAGAAGCAACUUGGACGUCAGGUGAAGAACUUUGAUGAGGCUUUAUGGCAAGCUAACUGUGAGGCCAUUGUGGAGGAAGGAAGCACAGCAAAGUUUGAUCAGAACAGUGGCUUACUGAACAUCAUUUGUGCCAGUAAUCCCCGAAUCCUUGUAGAGGCGAGCCCAGUGGACAGAAUCUGGGGGAUAGGGCUCAGUUCAAGUGAUCCUGAAGCCUGGAACAGAGCCACCUGGCGCGGAGAAAACAGACUAGGCAAAAUACUUACAAAGGUCCGGAAUAAACUGAUGUUGAAGAGGGAACUAAUGACUAAGGAAGAACAUGACCGACAAUUAAAAGAAUUGGAGCGGUGAUAGGUUAAAUUUACAUUUUUAUACACAUAUUGUUAAAAGUCAUGUUUGUUUUGAGAUAAAGAAAACAGCUGUAAAAGUCUUAAGAUUUUUUUUCCUUAGCUGAGGUGAAAACUUAACUGCCAAUAUUGUUGCUUUAUGUGUCUCUUUUGUGUGAUGUGAUGACAUUUAAUGGACAAUUGAAGUAAUGAGAACUUGCAACCAAUCACAUCUCUGCAAUAUGUUACUAAACCUGUGUUCACAACUGACAGCAGGGAAAUUAUGAAAUAUAUUAAAAAAUAAUUCUAUUUCCUAAGAAAUGUAAUUUAAGAGUGUGCAAUUAUAAGAAACUUAUUCUGUGAUAUAGAAGUUCUAUGAUUAUAUUGUACAGAUUGACAUGAAAUGUACAUUGUGUAUUGUAAUCAUGUCUAAUUCUUUCCCUCAGCCGUAUAAUGGAAGGGCACUGAUGUAUGACUUUACAUAUUCCACCUUAAUCUAUUGCCAGAUUAUGUUGAUGUUGAGUAUAAAUCUAAUUAUACUUUUAUUUUUUGAUGGGAUAUGAAACACUCGUUAUCAUAAAAUUCUAUCUCCUGAUAAAAAGAGUUCCAAUUAAUUGUCAGCCCUACAUUUGAGUACUAUUUGUAAGAGUAUCCCCCUUGUGAGCACCGAUAGAUAUGAUUUUGUAGUCAGGAGGCAUGUUGGGCUUUGAUUUCUCCCAUUAUCAAAUAUCUUUUAUAAAUCUAUCACUAAAAGAGAGAUGCUAUUUUUAUUCAUGAUAAAAUAAUCUUUUGCAAAAUCUAUUCAAAUUUCAAUAAGGUGGAGGGGCGGGUAUGAGUUGGCCCUCUGGACGACAGUUCUAGUUUAACACAGCAUUAUCAGUUACAUUGAGCCAUCAUUGAUUAAGAUUACAUGUACCCAAUAAAUUAUGUCAUAGGAGUGUUUAAAAACUUAUUUAAUUCAAAUGAAGGUAGAGAAUUAGCAGAAUAAUUCUGAGUUGAUCUGUUUGAGGUAACCAUAAAGUAAUGCAGAUCCCCAUUAUUAUUUAAUGAUAGAAUUUGACAUAUUCUGUAAUAUAUGUUGAACUGUUAAACACUUGUUAUAUACAUGAUGCAUUUCUUGUCAAUAUCAAUGCCUUCUGGGUAACAUACCAACAGAAUGACACCUAUUAAUCCAAUUGCUAUAUUUACAUUUAAAUUUUACUUAUGAUGUGCUUUGUCUUUCUUUAAUGAUGUGCUUUAUUUUCACCCAUUUCCUUGUAUGUUCAUAUGAAAGAAUAACGACUUAAAAUUCAAUUCAUUUCUGUGAUAGAUUCUCGAGCGAUAUAAUACACUGAACAUACAUGUAGCCUUGCUGAUGCUCAACACAGCGCCAAAAUGACAUCAUAGUAAUUCAACCAAAAUCUUCAAUGAUUUGAUUUGAUGAUGCUGAU